AUGAACCCUAAUCUUUCUCCUAUCCACUCCCCAUCAUCAUCAUCAUCAACACCAUAUGGAUUAACGAAGGACGAGUUCUCAACACUAGAUCCUAUCAUCAGAACCCAUCACACGUUCCCAAGAUCGCCAAACACGUGCACAUCCCUCAUAGCACACCGAGUAGACGCACCAGCACGUACCAUAUGGAGAUACGUCCGUGACUUCGCGAAUCCAAACAAGUACAAACACUUUAUCAAAAGCUGCACCAUCAGAGGUAACGUUAAAGAGAUUAGCGUCGGGACCAUAAGGGAAGUUAGCGUUGUCUCUGGUCUUCCAGCGUCAACAAGCGUUGAGAUGCUCGAAGCUCUAGACGAUGAGAGAAGAAUCUUGAGUUUUCGUGUUCUUGGAGGAGAACACCGGUUAAGAAACUACCGGUCGGUUACAUCGGUUAACGAGUUUGUUGUCUUGGAGAAGGAUAAGGUCAAGAGAGUGUACAGUGUGGUGUUGGAGUCUUAUAUUGUUGAUAUACCGAAAGGUAAUACGGAGGAAGAUACGAGGAUGUUUGUGGAUACUGUCGUGAAAUCGAAUUUACAGAAUCUCGCUGCAGUUUCCACGGCUUCUCCGACUUGA